AUGAUAAUGAGGAGCCGUGCAAGCACAAGCAGAAGCAGGGGUGGAGGAGGAGUGAAGUACUGUGGCCUAUGCCCAGCGGCCAUCGCCUCUGUUCUUCUCGCCAUCUUGCUUGCCUCCACCACACACCUCCCUGCUUCGCCCUCCGAUCCUCUGGUACACGGCCGCCGCCGGCGGAGGCAGUGCGACGAGGAGGCCAGAUGGGUGGCCGGCAUCGCGUCCCAGCUCAACGCCGCCCUCGUCCUGACCGUCGACCACCUCGGCUGCGGCAACUUCAGCAGCGUGCAGAAGGCGGUGGACGCGGUGCCUGACCACGGCGCGGCCGGCGGGCGUACGCUGCUGGCCGUGGGCGCCGGCAUCUUCCGGGAGAAGGUGGUGGUGUGGGGCAACAAGACGGGCGUGACGCUGCACGGCCGCGGCAACCUCAACAGCACCGUGGCGUGGAACGACACCGCCGGUUCCAGCGGCGGCAGCACCCCGUCCAGCGCCACCUUCACCGUCCUCGCUGCCGGCUUCGUCGCCUACAACAUCAGCUUUCAGAACACGGCGCCUCCGGCGGACCCUGGCGCCAGCGGAGGGCAGGCGGUGGCGCUGCGCGUGGCUGGCGACCAGGCGGCGUUCCACUGGUGCGGCGUCUACGGCGCGCAGGACACGCUGCUGGACGAGCAGGGGCGGCACCUCUUCCGCGGCUGCUACGUCGAGGGCUCCAUCGACUUCAUCUUCGGCAACGCCCGGUCGCUCUACCUCAACUGCACAAUCAGCUCCGUCGCGGCGUCCACCGGCAAUGGCGGCGGCGUGACGGGGAGCAUCACGGCGCAGGGUCAAGGGUCGGCGUCGGAGAAAACGGGGUUCGCGUUCGUGGGGUGCAGCGUGGUGGGGACGGGGAAGGUGUGGCUGGGGCGGGCGUGGGGCCCCUACGCCACGGUGGUGUUCGCGAGGACGUACCUCGCCGCCGGCGUCGUGGCGCCGGAGGGGUGGAACGACUGGAACGAUCCGGCCAGGCGCCAGACGGUGUUCUUCGGGGAGUACGAGAGCACGGGGCCCGGGGCGUGCAGGGAUGGGAGGGUGCCGUACGCGCGGCAGCUAGAUCGCCGGCAGGCCGCGCCCUUCAUGGACGUCUCCUACAUCGACGGCGACCAGUGGGCGGUGCCGCCACUGCCAGUAGUACUAGCGCUGCCGCGGCAGCACGGCGGAGACGAUUCAGAUCAUGCACCACGGGGAGAAGUAAUGUAG